AUGGAAGGAGGAAAUCAGUCUAGAAUCUCCGAGUUCAUCCUCCUGGGCCUUUCAGACCAGCCAGAAGAGGAGAGGCUCCUCUUUCUGGCAUUUCUAUUUAUGUACCUGAUCACAGGGCUGGGGAACCUGCUCAUCAUACUGGCCAUUAGAACUGACUCUCACCUCCACACUCCUAUGUACUUCUUCCUUAGCAACUUAUCCCUGGUCGACAUCUGCUUCACAUCUACCACUGUACCCAAAAUGCUAGCAAAUCAUGUAUCUGGGAAUAAGAAGAUUUCCUACUCUGGGUGCCUGACGCAAGUGCUCUUCUUCAUUUGGUUUGCUGGAAUAGACAGUUUCCUCCUUACUGUCAUGGCUUAUGACCGCUAUGUGGCUAUCUGUGCCCCGUUACACUACAGCACAGUCAUGACCCCAAGGAUCUGUGCCCUUCUACUUGCAGGAUCUUGGUUUUCAACCUAUGUUAAUGCUCUAACACACACCGUCCUGCUGACCCGACUCUCGUACUGUGGCCACAACGAAAUCCCUCACUUCUUCUGUGACCUCAGUCCCCUGCUGAAGUUGGCCUGCUCAGAUACCUUCAUCAAUGACUUGAUGGUCUAUACAGUGGGAGUACUGCUAAUCAUCACCCCAUUCAUUGGCAUCCUGAUCUCCUACACUCGAAUUUUCAUGGCCGUGCUGAGGAUCCCUUCUGCGGGUGGAAAGAAGAAAGCUUUCUCUACUUGUGGUUCCCACCUUGCUGUGGUGUCUCUGUUCUAUGGAACACUUAUUGGAGUGUACUUCAGUCCCACAUCCACCCAUACAGCCCAACAGGACACAGCAUCAGCUGUGAUGUACACGGUGGUUACGCCUAUGCUGAACCCAUUCAUCUACAGCCUGAGGAACAGUGAUAUGAAAGGAGCCCUGAAGAUGCUCUUCACCGGGAAACCUGGCCUUACUCUUUGA